AUGGCGACUCGUUACAGAGCUCUUUCAAAAUCAACGGUGUCUCUCUUCAAACACGCGGUCAACAAGCCCGCCGGCGUCAAACCCACGCCCACCUCGGCCGCUUCUCUUUUCCCAGCUCGCCUAUCUUCCACAUUCUCAAGGCCAAUUGCUCAGCUGGGUGCUCUUCAAUCGCUUCACUCCGCCGUGUCGGCAUCGAUUCCACCAGCUCGCGGUCGCUGUCUCAGGGUAUGCUCUGCAGUGCGAACCCAGGAGUUUGAUAAAUCUCUCCCAAAUCAUUUGUUUGUUGGUUAUCUGUAA